UGGGACUCUUUGUGCUGGUGCGUGAUGUAGGAGGGAAGGUGUAAAGAAGCAGGACCUUCCUGUCCCGGCCUCCGCCAUGAGCUUUGAGUGGCCCUGGCAGUAUAACUUUCCUCCUUUCUACACGCUACAGCCAAAUGUUAAUACCCAGCGUAAGCAGCUGGCAGCAUGGUGUUCAUUGGUGCUCUCCUACUUACGUUAUCACAAGCUUUAUACUGUCGAUGUUUUGGAAGUCCAAGAAAGCCCACUGUUCCACAAUAAGAAGAUCCAACGAAAGCUUCCCAUAGAAGCUAUCCAAGUUGUAUUCGAAGAACUCCGGAAAAAAGGAAACUUAGAGUGGAUUGAUAAAAAUAAAACUCGCUGUCUCAUAAUGUGGAGGAGACCCGAAGAGUGGGGGAAACUUGUGUAUCAGUGGGUUUCAAAGAAUGCCAUGACAAAUUCUGUAUUUACAUUUUAUGAACUCUGUAAUGGAGACGAUACUGAAGGCGAAGAGUUCCAUGGUUUGGAGGAGUGGCUUCUGCUACGUGCAUUGCAGUCUUUGCAAGCUGAGCGAAAAGCAGAGAUCAUCACUCUUAAUGACAGCAAAGGGGUCAAGUUCUUCUGAUGGUAUUCAUGCUGAUCUGAGCAGCUGCUGGACACGUACACAGAUUAUGUACAGAAUAAAGACAUUACAGUCAGUGGCAAUGAAGACUAGCACCUGAGAAAGAACAUAUUGGAUUGCAGAUUUCCAGACACCAGACACAUGGUGGCAUGUCAUUUCACGUUACUGUAAUGCACAGCUUGGCUGCUUGCAUUUACAAUGUCCUUUUUAUUCUUGUAAUCUUAAAGCAGUUACAAUUCCGUGUACAGAAUAGAAGUUGCAAUGUUACUGAAUGCACUGUACAAAUCCCUGUGUAUGCCAACAGAGAAAAAAGUUCAAGAGCAAGUUGUUUCGAUAUCGGUGAACAAUCCAGGUACAGAUUUGAAAGACGGAAUUCAAAAUAAUGUAAACAGUAAUCAUUUAUCUCUUUUAAUUUUGCAAUUCUGCCAGGUCACAAAAAAAGGUAAAUUAACCAAAAUAAUUUGCAAAAGGGGCCUGCCAUCCUGCUUGGGCUUCAAAAAGUCUGUCAGCUUGAACUUACUCAGGGACAGUGACAGGGAUUAGUUUAUCCAUUUCUCAUUUGUUAUGACUAUACUUCAAUCUGUAUAUCUUUUCUAUUUAAGCUGCGUGUUUAUUUUCUAUAGGUGUCUUGUAAAGCAUUAAUAGCAGGGGAAUCCUCUGCCAAUACUGAGAGUUAUGAGUGCUUACACAGCUUUGAACAAUUGCAGUUUCCUUCUUUUUGGUUAUAUAAUACUUGUAACUAGCCAAAAUAAAAGGUAAAAAUAA